AACUCUUGAAUUGUCGCACAAAAACAGUGGAUUCAUGAAGCCUCAAGUCCAGUAGAGGGAGCAGUUCAACCAAGGGGGAAGGGACGUGGGAAAACAGCACAGUCAUGUAUCAUUCAUCUAUCCUACACAGGGCAUAUGCCUUGAAAUAUUGAAGACACACACAUGGUCUCCUUUAUUGUUUAAUGUAGCGGACAGGUCGUUGAAAACAGUAAGGGCUAAUAGAUGCUAUUUCACAUAGCCUAUCUGUCUAACAUAGGCUGUUUUGUAACUGUCACUUCUUAAGCUUUAUGAAGUGCCAUCGUGGGCUGUUUGAUUUAAAGACAACCAAUCAUUUCCCCGUUACCUUUCCCCUGACUUAUACUCACUUAAGAGCAGGGAAGUCCUGCACAACGAUGCGCCGUCCUUCAGCAGCCCUCGCGUCACGCAGGGGUUGGGCGGGACGCUGUGAGUGGUGUGGUCCGUGACGACCCCAGUCUCAGCGUGUGAAGGUACCACUGAACCCUGCGCCUUUAUUGGAUGCAUAUUGUUGCUAGGGGCGUGGGGCCUUGUGUUAAAAAGACAACGAUGGCAGGGCCGUGUGUCAUCGUUAGGAUUUAGCAUAUCAACACAACAAGUCUUUCUAUUUCUAGCCGGGUAGGCUACUGUCAGGAUCGGCAACGGUUUAUAUUCACCGGGAGAAGCAUUGCCGCAGUGAGUGAAUAAUCUUAUCAACGCUUCAGCUCCACGCCUCGGAUAUUUGCCAGAUGUAAUCGUAUAAACAAAGAUUUUGCCUAAGUUUCUGCCAUGCGGAAUUACGUAAUUGCAUGGAAAAUAACAAUUUUGCAAAUUUUGAACUCUUGUUAUAUUAUACGAUUUAUAUAAAUGCGACCCUGGUUAGCAACUGAGAUUAUGUCGGGUCACAGCUGCGCACUUGAUAGUUUUAUGACGAGCUGUCUGAGGGAUUAAUGAGCGACGUAACCACCUCUGUCAACUACGGUUGUUAUAGUGGCAAAACUAGCCCAUGCACGGGAAUGGAGCGAACAAACGACUUUUCUUUGGAUUAUUACAGAAAUGAAAUAUCAAGUAUAGGCCUGUCACGUGGACUAGAGGUUGGUAAAAAUUCUUAAAUGUCAUUUUAAGACGUUGAUGCAACGGUCCUGCGCGAUGAUUUCAGCUAGCUGUGUGGAAUUGUAGCCCAAUUGGAAGGAGAUGAACGUCGCCAGUCGUUUUUGUCGUUGAUGCCGAUUUGGAAUUAGAGAAAAAAAACUGCAUGUUAAUUGAUGUGAAUUCGCUGACAGGAUAGCCUGCAAAUGAUGCCAAACUGCGUCAGAGCAGACAGACGUUGCAGGUAUCCUCCAUCCUCCGGUUCAGGACGAACCAUGAUAAAAGCAUCAGUUGAGUGUCACAGAUAAGUGUUUAAAAAUUCACAUGAGAUGGAUUCAGGGCCAGAGUCGGGCUCGGAGCCGCCUCAAGGAUGCGCGUUCUCCUCUGUUCCUAACCUAGACUCUGACAUGAGCUCGCACUCUGUUAUUUACGUGAACGGUGAUGAUUGCAAUGUCAACAUGGACCCUGGUGCAGCGCUUAGAGGGGCAAGUGAUCCCAGCUCGUAUCCCUUAUCGGAUUACCGUGGACUGGUCCGCCAGAGGUUCAUACGAAGGAGUUUGUGGUUCUCCGAGACAGAGGAUCAAGCGUUUGAUGCGUCAGAAUGUGAUACCAGCAGUCCGAUCGUCAGCGUUCAGUUACGCACCAUUGUGGACAGGACUAGACUUGUGCGCGUUGGCUUUCAGGAGAGCUCUAGCACCGAGAGUCAGGUGGGACAGAGAGGCAGCGGUACAGAAAGCUACAGUGCGGAGGAUGAGAAAGAAAAGAGUGAAGCCGAGCGGAAGACGGAGACUGCAUCCUCAGAACAGCUCAAAAGCCCUGGGAAAGCGGGGAGUGAUGAAAAUGAGGAAGAAGCCGAGAUGAAUGCGGUUUCCACAUCACCUGGCGGAAGGUUUCUCAAGUUUGACAUAGAGCUCGGAAGGGGUUCCUUUAAAACUGUUUACAAGGGCCUUGACACUGAAACAUGGGUUGAAGUGGCUUGGUGUGAACUUCAGGAUCGCAAGCUGACAAAAGCAGAGAGACAAAGAUUCAAGGAGGAAGCCGAGAUGCUUAAAGGACUUCAGCACCCCAACAUUGUGCGAUUCUACGACUUCUGGGAGUCACCUGUUAAAGGAAAGAAGUGCAUUGUCCUUGUCACAGAGCUAAUGACAUCCGGGACACUGAAGACGUAUCUGAAGCGGUUUAAGGUCAUGAAGUCCAAGGUCCUGAGGAGCUGGUGCAGACAGAUCCUCAAGGGCCUCCAGUUCCUGCACACAAGGACCCCUCCCAUCAUCCACAGGGACCUCAAGUGUGACAACAUCUUCAUCACAGGGCCUACCGGCUCCGUGAAGAUCGGCGAUCUCGGCCUGGCUACGCUCAAAAGAGCUUCAUUUGCCAAGAGUGUCAUUGGUACACCUGAGUUUAUGGCUCCUGAAAUGUAUGAAGAGCACUAUGAUGAGGCUGUGGAUGUCUAUGCCUUUGGGAUGUGCAUGUUGGAGAUGGCCACCUCCGAGUACCCGUAUUCUGAGUGCCAGAACGCCGCACAGAUCUACCGCAAAGUUACCAGUGGAGUUAAACCCGCCAGUUACAGCAAGGUCGCUGUCCCAGAAAUUAAGGAAAUCAUUGGGGAGUGUAUCCGCCACCACAGGGAGGAGAGGUACUCCAUCAAAGACCUCCUCAACCAUGCCUGCUUUGCGGAGGACACGGGUGUAAGAGUGGAACUUGCAGAGGAGGAUGAUGGGAAAAAGCCAUCAAUUGCACUGCGGCUGUGGGUUGAGGACCCCAAGAAGCUAAAGGGGAAGUACAAGGAAAGUGGGGCGAUUGAGUUCACCUUUGACUUAGAGAAGGAAGUCGCAGAGGACGUUGCACAGGAAAUGGUGGAGUCGGGUUUCUUCCUGGAUAGUGAUGUGAAAGUGGUGGGGAAGUCCAUCCGGGAUCGCGUGGCCCUGAUCAAGUGGAGACGGGAGCGGAUCAUCUCAGCGGCGGCGGCUGCUGUUGUGGAGGUGGCCGGGGACAAGGGACCUGACGGCCAGGCCAGCCUGCCUCAGGUGCCCGGAGCCAGCGCUGCCCAGACCGCACCCUCUACUGCGCCGUCGGACACCGACGAGCAGGUGUCAGAGCAGGACCAGAUUUCUGCUCCCACCACUACCACAUCUGACAGCGGUGUUGGGUCUACCGUCAUCUCAGAUGGUUUGAGCAACCAGCACAGUAUUCCCUAUCAGUCUCUCCCGGAGAUCUCCACUGUCCAGGGUGCGUAUAGCAUGCCCAUGCAGCCAGUGACCCAGCUACAGCAAGGAACCUACCAGCAGCAAACUGCUCAACCAGUACCGGGGGCCCAACAGCAGCAAGCCAUCCAACUUCCCCAGGGAGUCCAGCAGCAGCAGACCACACAGCUGCACCAGGGAGUCCAGCAGCAGCAGACCACACAGCUGCACCAGGGGGCCCAACAGCAGCAGACCACACAGCUGCACCAGGGGGCCCAACAGGGGCCCACGAUGCAGCUGCACCCAAGGGCCCAACCGCAGCACACGGCACAGCUGUUCCAGGGGGCCCAACAGCAGCAGACCACACAGCUGCAACAGGGUGCCCAGCAGCCUACUGCACAGCUCAUUCAGGGGGUCUACCAGCAAACUGCUGCACAACUGCACCAGGGGGCCUACCAGCAACCUUCUCUACAGCUGCAUCAGGGGACAUAUCAACAGUCUCCUCCACCGAGUGCUGCUAUGGCUCAGUCGUACACUCAGGGCACCCCGGCCCUGAACGUGCAGCACAGCCGGCCGAGUCUUCCCAGCUUCCCAACGCCCUCUCAACCAGCACAACAAGUGCAGCUGAGCCAGCAGCCUUCGCAGCUAACACACGAGUUCCAUCUCUAUCUCCAACCUGCCGUUUUCCAGCCCCAGCCAAUGUCUACUGCACAACCUCUAACACAGGCCUGCACAGAGGGCCACACCUUCCCUCAGCAUUUGCUCCAGACGGCCCCCACUAUGCCGGCCACCGCGGUCCAGACCCUGCCCCCACCGCAGCAGCCGGCUCACGGCACACCCCUUCUCCAGCCUCUGCAGAUCACCACGCAGUACCCCACUGCAUACUCUGUGCUACCAGCAGGGGGCACUCCAGCUGGAUGUGAAGCAAUGCCCUAUUCCCCUGCUCCUCUGUCGUCUGCUUACUCCACCAGCAUUGCCCCUCUGCCCUCUCCCUACUACUCCCCUGCCCCUGCCCAUCUCUGUCUGCCUUUGGCUUCCUCUCAGACCGUGUCUUCUGGCCUGGGCACCCCGCAGACCCCCAUCUCCCUACCCCAGCAAAUGCUGGCACCUCCCAUUCCUCUCCUGGCCAUGGCCGUUUCCCCCUCCAUGGUCCCUCCUCACCAGCAACCAGCUUACUCUCCUCUCCCCCAGCCUGAUGCCCCACCCAUGAUCUACCCCACCCAAUCCACACCAGCCCCCCACCUUCUGCCUAGCUUAAACCCCACCUCCCUCUCUCAGCAAGAACAAAGUUUGGCUGAGACAGCAGUGCAGCCGCAGGAGUGCAGCGCCUCAGCCCAGGAGGAGGCUCCUCUCCUGGCUCCUGUCCAUGCUGCCGUCCCCACCUCAUCCAUCCAGUCUCCUCCUCCUCCUCCUACCACAGCGCCCCUGCGCUGCCACCCAGAGAGUCCUGCGACCAUGCCACUGUCUGCUGGCGCUCUGGCACCAGGUGCCCUGGAGGCUGCCAGCGUAAGCUCUGUGUCAGUCCCCACCCAUCCAUCAGCUGAGUUCGUCCAGGAGGAGCUGAUGCCAGAGAGACAGGCGGCCCUCCUCAGCUCUGCCUAUGACAGUGUCAACUCAGACGUGGCGUCCGGCAGGGAGAUGAGCGACGGCUACGACGGCACCACCAGUGGAGGCAAGGGGGAUGGGAAACCACGGAAACACCACCGCAAGUCGGCCCGCACACGCUCCCGCCAAGAGAAGACCAGUAAACCCAAACUGAGCAUGCUCAAUGUUUGUGAUACGGGUGAUAAGAUGGUGGAAUGUCAGUUGGAGACUCACAACCAUAAAAUGGUGACCUUCAAGUUUGAUCUAGAUGGUGAUGCUCCUGAGGAAAUUGCCACAUACAUGGUGGAGAAUGGCUUUAUCCUCCCCAUUGAGAAGGAGGUGUUUAUUGACCAGUUGAAGGACAUUGUGGACAAGGCUGAGGACAUGCUGAGUGAGGACACGGAAGGGGAGCGGGCGAUCAGCAGGGAAGGCAGCCCUCAGCAGAUCCACAUUGCCAGCCUCACAGGGAGCGAGGGUUUGAAUGGUGCCUCUGGAGUCUCCCAGGCGGUUUAUCAGCAGAAUGUUCUCCACACUGGUAAGAGAUGGUUCAUCAUCUGCCCUGUGGAGGAGGUCCCCACAGCCAGUAGGGAUGCCCCAUCUGAUGGAACUGCCUCCACACACUCCUCCGGCACUAUGACUGUCAGGUCUGAUGGGGUCAGGACCACACACUCUGCUGAUGGGUCGAUCGCUCACCCAGCAGGGGGCAGUGUGGCCUCAUCCACAUUCUCUAAAGACUCUGACUCCACCUCAGCACCGCCAUCAGCAGGCAGUGAUGUGACCGGUGUGUGCAGCCCUCCCCCCCUGCCUUUCUCCGACCCCUUGGCCUCUCUCUCUCCAGCCAUCUCUGUUCCCUCCACUGCCCUGCCUGCCCUGCCAGCCCAGCCACCUCCUUCACACCAUCCCCCGGACGAAGGCCUGGGUGCCGCCGGCUCUGCCCAGACACGCGUGGUGCAGGUCCACCCGGGGACAGGCCUGCGCAACUCCCUGUCUGUGGACGAGAGCCAGCUGAGUGGGCGCCUGGCCGCCCUGUCCCCGAUCCACGCCGCACAGCAGGUUGCCGAGCUGGCCUGUGCCAGUUCCCUGGCCGAAGAGGUGCCCUGCUGCCCUCUGGUCAUGCCCCUGUCUCUGGACGUCAGGGCAGCCCCGUCUUUGACCUCCGCAGCUCCACCCACAGACCUGAGCUCCACCCGAGAGGCCCUCCAGAUGCAGACUGAGCGUGGCCACGCCUCCGUGGUGAUGCAGCAGCCUUUUUCCAGUGUGGGCGGGGCCAAAGCCCCGUCGCUGCCCCAAAGCCCCGCCCUGUGCCAGCCCGGGCCCACCGGCGAGUCGGACGGGGAGGGCAGCCGCGCCCGCGGGGGGUUCGUGGACAGCACUAUCAAGACGCUGGACGAGAAGCUGAGGAACCUGCUAUACCAGGAGUACGCCCCCAUGUACCCGUCAGGCGGCGCGGCCGAAACGCCCGGCUCCGGCACCGAGUAUGUGCAGUCUCCACCGGGGCCCGAGAGCGCUGUGGAGGGGUCUGGGACCAGCACACCAGGACCCCUGGGUGACGGACGUCUCCGGGCUGGAGAACAGCUGCCUCAGAUUCCUGAGCGGAUGGAUAGUUUAAGCAUACACAGUGACUCCGGCGUAGGAGCCAAAAGACCUGGGAUGCCCCAUUCUACCUCUUGCUCUGGAUCCAGGAGCCGAUUUAAGAUGAUGGGGGCUCACCCGGGCGCCCUGAGCGAGCGCAAGCAGAGGAGCUGGAGCAGCGGUGGCGGCGGCGGCGGCGCCGGGAUCUCUGGAGGCGUGGAAGAGUCCCCGGGGUCACCGUCGGGGGGCGUCGUCACCGUGGGCCGCUUCUCGGUGGUGAGCGCGGAGACCGGGGCCACGCGGCGCAAGCACGGCAGCCACUCGUCCGCGUCCUCCCGCUACUCGGCGCCGCCGGACUUCUGCCUGGAGGCCCCUCCCCCCGCCCCCCUGAUAGCCAAGCGCGGCUCGUUGCCGCGAGCGAUGACAGCGGUGCCCGUGGACGUGGCCGCGCACGGCGCUCGCUUCAUGUCCUCCGACUCGGGGGCGGAGAGCAGCCCCGCCCGCCUGGCCUCGGGCACGCCGAGUCGCCACGGCCGCUCCGAGCGCAGGGGAAGUGACCUCAUGAAGAGGGCGGUGGCCUUCCUGCGGCGCUCGGGCCGUAGCAGCAGCGUGCAGAGCUCCGAUUCGCCCAGCCGGGCGGCAGGCGGCGUGCCCUGCAGUCCUGUCCACCACUCCUCGUACUGCAGCAGUGACAACGACUCGGAAAUGGAAGAUUCUGACGUCAAAAGGGAGUUGCAGAGACUAAGGGAGAAGCAUAUGAAGGAGAUCUCUGAGCUGCAGGCGCACCAGCGCGGUGAGAUAGAGCUGCUGUACCGGCGGCUGGGGAAGUCUCUGCCUCCGACCCUGGGCCUCAGCUCUACACUGCCCCCUGGUGGCCGCCGCCGCCGAGCCAGCAAGCACAAGCUGAAGGCUGGCAAGCUCCUCAGCCCGCUGGUGCAGCAGCUGCGGAGCGUCACCACCAAAAGCAGUGAUUCUAGUAAAGCCACCGAGGCCACCAAAAGCAGUGACCAUGCCCCUAGUUUGAAUGGUUCUCCAGCCAGAGGUCCGCUCCUGUAUGACGGCAGAGGUCCUGCUGGGACCAUGCCCGGCUCCGAGUCAGAACCAGUCCAAACCCAGCAGCCUUGCUCACUCAAAGGCUCCCUGUCCUCAGACGACAUCUACUCUGGCCUUCAGGGUGAAGCUCCAGCGAUGCCCGGCGGGCCAGGCCAAGGCUGGCCCACCUAUCCCCAAACACCUGAGAGGGUCACCUAUAAAGGCAGUAGCAAACCUCGCGCUAGAUUCCUCAGUGGGCCUGUUUCUCUGUCCAUCUGGACAACCCUGAAGCGUCUGUGCCUCGGCAAAGAACGUGGUACUAGGUCCGGAGCGACCUCUGCGCCACCCUACCAGCCUCAGACCGGCGCCACCCCGCCGCCUCACCAGCCUGUGGUGGGGCCCGCUCAAGCCCAGACCAACAACAGCAACAACACGGGCACCUUAACACAGCAGCUGCACUGGCUGGCAGAUGACUGGGCCAGGGAGCCGCCGAUGCCGCCGAUGCCGCCGAUGCCAACACCCAGCUCUGAAACCCCGCCGGCGAGUCCCCAGCGACAGAUCUCGCCCAGCAUGCCUGCACACUGGCAGGAGGGCAGAGCCAGGGCCACGGCCCGGGUUAGAGCCAGGAGGGCAAUGACCCUAGAGGUGGCUUCCACACCAGCAGGGGGUGCUGCUGCUGCUCAGCAGCUGCUUCUCUCCUGGCCCAUGAUUGACAGCUGUCCCUCAGGUGCUGGUCUGGAUCCUGCUACUUUGCUUCAUGAAGCGUCAAGCGUCAUUCCACCCGCAGCGUUUGGAGGACUACUGAGCUCACCCGUCUACGUGACCCAGUGGGCUGGGGUGUCCUCGCCCUCCAGUCCACGGGUGUUUGUCUUCCCCGAUGCCUCCUCACCCCCAUGGACCGCCCCCACCUCACCUCAGCACCCCCCCCAAUCCUAGAACCAGUACUCUCUAGAUUCAAACCAUGUUCAAAUUCAAGGUGGUGUUUUUAGUCUGUACAGUGUAGCCAGAAAAUCCCUACACUAUGCGGUACAAGAGCCCUCUUGUUUAUUUCACGAUCUGGAACAUCAUAUAACCCAAAGUGUGUUAUUUAACCUAUUGGAGAAUGUAAAUAUUGGGAUUCAUGUAGACAUGCUCUUCCAUCAUGUUCUGUACAUAUGCUAUGGGCAUUAUCCUGGUGGCUGUAUAUAAUCGUUUUGAUUUGUUGGUUUGAAAGACACCAUGUGUGUAUAUAAUUUAUCAUAGUCAAGACGCAUUUGUACCUAGCUGAGUGUAUGUGUGUGUGCUUGAAGUCUACCACCCAGCCAAGUACUGUAGCUAUGUAUAUAUACUUACAAAUUUCUGUACAAAGGACCACUGCUCCAAGUAUGUACACAAUGCAGUAGACAUGAUGGCCACUGUAUGUAUGGAAGCCAUCGCUGUGUGUACAUAAGGCGUAUAUAGACAUAUGGAUAUAUCUGGAUAUAUCUGUUAGUGUAGAAUGGGGGUGUAGAAUUGACUGUUGCCACUCCAUACAGUACAAUGGGUAGGAGAGGAGGAGGACAGCUAUUAGAAACAUCACAUCACUGUGAAUCCCUUCCCAUCCAGGUCACCUGUGCCAAUCGCUUCCGCCUGCAAGCCUUCGUCCUCCUGCACCCAGGCCCUUCGCUGUAAACUUCACUGCUUUAAAAUAGAACUUUAACCGGAACUUGAACGCCAGCUGUGUACUUGAGAUGAAAUGCUCCCCCCCCCAGUGGGUGUGCCUUGAACUGCAGUUUUCUCGAAUCACUCUGGAAGGAUGCACACUAAGCACUUGAGUUUGUUGCAGCAUGAGUGGCCUUUUGGAGCAGGUUUGCAUACGAGAUGAAUGUGUUCGGUGUAGAGAGCACCUCUGGAAUUUGCUGUUUGUUUGUUUUGUUUCCUUUAAAAUUGCAGUAUGAUACGAGAAAAAAAGGAAUAUAUUCUGAUGUUCUGUUAAAUGGAAAUGGAACGGGACAUGCCAUUGACUGGUGUUAGUACAGCAGGUCUAUGCCAUUUGUGGGGGUCGGAGUCAAAACUAAUCGAGGGCUUAGGUUUACAGCUUAAUCUUAAUUUUCUCAAAGUCUUUUGUUUGGACACACUUUCCUUGAUGUACUUUUAAUCUACUUACUAUUCAUAUUUAAAAGAUAUGUCCAUGUACAAAAGAAGCUUAGGCAAUAUGUGUGAUUACCAAUUAAGAAAAGGAAGCUUUAUACAUUUUUGAGGUACCAGAUAUUGUAGUCAUAAUUUAUAACUGUAUACGAAUCACACUGACAACAUUUCCUGUAAAAAAAACAACAUGUGGAACCUACAUGUAAGGUUUGUCACAUUGUCACAGAAAGAAAUGUAAUUUGUCCCUUAUUUUAGUAAGGUGUAAGUACAAAUGGAAUGUGGGUUGUUCCAGAUAAAGAUUACAGCUAGAGUGAAAAAUAGCCUAACCAUAUUUUCAACUGACAAUCCUUCAUGGGAACAGUUAAGAAACCCUGGAUUUGGCAUUACACAGUAAUCCUAUUCCAGGAAAUCUACAUUUAAAAUCAGUUAGCUGUGAGUUGAGUACAAAGUUUUUCUGGGCCGUGGUAGAUGACCACCGGUGACUGCAUUUGAGGGUGUAGUAUACAGUAUAUGCAAUGAUCUUUUUGGAGGGAGUCACUUGCUCACUUCCGAGGCGCUGUGAUGUGAGUUGAAGAAAAGGAGGCAGAUUAUCUAGCUGUGCAGCUUUUCCGAUGUUACUUUUCAUUUGAUCCGCCCCCUCCGAACACCAUUUUAGCAAGGAAUGCACAACUUCAUCCCUGGACAUGUUUAUGUCACAUGUGCAUAUUUUAAGUGACCAACAAUUGGAAAAUAAAUAAAAUUUGGCUUGAGCAUAUUUCAGAGUUCUCUCUUUUUAUGAAAAGUAGGCCGAUGAAAGUAGGCAGACUGCAAUAAGGUGCCUCCACAUCACACACCUAGACACACGCUGCCUCUGGAUCUGCGAAAUCUCUUCCCUACCCUCUCAUCAGUACCAGAGUAUACAGUGGAAAUGCAUUCAGUGUUCAGAACCCUACACUUUUCCCACAUUUGUUAUGUUACAGCCUUAUGCUUAAAUCUACACUCUACGCUUAAUACCCCACAAUGACGAAGCAAAAAAAGGAUUUUAGAAAUGUUUGCGAGUUUAUCAAAAAGGAAAAACAAACAUUACGUUGAUGUAAGUAUUCAGACCCUUUACUCAGUACUUAGUUGAAUUACCUUUGGCAUCCAUUACAGCAUCAAGUCUUCUUGGGUAUGACGCAACCAGCUUUGCACACCUGGAUUUGGGAAUUUUCAGCCAUUCUUCUCUGCAGAUCCUGUCAAGCUCUGUCAUGUUGGAUAGGGCCCAUCGGUCUAUCCAGAGAUUUUCAAGUGGGUUCAAGUCAGGGCUCUGGCUGGGCCACUCAAGGACCAUCACAGAGUUGUCCCUAAGCCACUCCUGUGUCGUUUUGUGCUUAUGGUCAUUGUCCUGUUGGAGGGAGAACCUUCAGCCCAAUCUGAGGUCCUGAACGCUCUGUCGUUUGCUCUGUUCAACUUUCCCUCAAUCCUGACCAGUCACCCAGUCCCUGCUGCUGAAAAACACAUCCACAAUAUGAUGCUGCCACCCAGUGGCAUUGUUCCCAUUGACUCAAGGAGGGCACGUGCCCACCCAACAUAACCAAAAAAAAACAUCAACAACAUUUAAAACACAGAAUUGGGGCUAAUAUGUUAAUGGGAAGGGAUGAGUUUUCAUGCAAACAUCUUGUCCCCUCAGGCAGCCUGCCGUGACGCAUAACUGUAUAACUACACAGAUCACGUCAUUCACGAGUCUCGCAUUGGCAUAGGUAGCUGUCAGUGACUUCGGCCAGGCACAGCACAUGUUGUAGCUCAGACAUGCAGACAAGUGGGCAGGUUACAAUGAAGUGUUCUGCCUUUGUUAUCUGACAGUUCUAUAGAUCAAGAUUAUGGAUAGAUUGGAUAAAUAAAAGUGCACACCUAAAUAAUGACGCACCUAGAAGAGGGUGGGUCAGGUGUAAGUAUACUGAUGGUAUUGUGGCAUGCUCAAGUUCACCAUGGGGUAUAAAGUUAUCAGAUGUGCUGUUAUGAGAUGUACACUUUUAAACAAUAGUGCACUAUUGCCUGGACCAAUGUUGGUAGGAGUUUAGAGAGAGGCCAUCCCUAUUAUGGUGUGUGUGUGUGUGUGUGCGUGGGGGGGUGUGAUGUGUGAUGUGUGGAGAGUUACUGUAUGAGUGCCUGUUCUAAUGUUACGUGGGAAAACGUGUCCUGCAAGGUCAAAGGUUAAUUGGUUCUGUAAGGCGUGGCUGUGGCCGACAACAGCCAAAAAUAAAGACGAUGUUCUGUUGUAACUUAA